AUGGAUAUGGGUGGUGGGGAGGCAGAGAAGCCGGCCCUAGAGCAGUUCGGUGUUGACCUCACGGCGAAGGCCAAGGACGGAAAGUUGGAUCCGGUGAUUGGACGUGACGCCGAGAUCCAACGUACCAUCCAGGUGCUUUCUCGCCGCACGAAGAAUAAUCCGGUCCUGAUCGGCAAUGCUGGAACGGGUAAAACAGCCAUUCUGGAAGGCCUAGCCCUGCGAAUCGUGCAGGGCGAGGUCCCUGAGAGUAUCAAGAACAAGCGAGUUAUCAGCCUCGAUCUAGGUUCGCUCAUUGCAGGUGCCAAGUUCCGUGGCGACUUUGAGGAGCGGCUCAAGAAGGUGCUUGGCGAGGUGGAGCAGGCCAAUGGCGAGGUAAUCCUCUUCAUAGAUGAAUUGCAUACCCUCCUUGGUCUCGGCAAGGCUGAGGGAUCGAUAGAUGCAUCGAACUUGCUGAAACCGGCACUUUCCCGCGGCGAGCUCCAGUGCUGCGGUGCUACGACGCUCAACGAAUACCGUCUAAUCGAAAAGGAUGUUGCACUGGCUCGGCGGUUCCAGCCGAUUGUCGUCAAUGAGCCUUCAGUCGAAGACACGAUCAGCAUUUUGCGCGGCAUAAAGGAGAAAUACGAAGUGCACCAUGGUGUGCGCAUCACCGACAGCGCCCUUGUUGCUGCUGCGACGUUUUCCAAUCGGUACAUCACGGACCGGUUCCUCCCCGACAAGGCUAUUGACUUGAUGGAUGAGGCUGCCAGCUCACUGCGGCUGCAACAAGAGAGCAAGCCCGAAGAUAUCAUGCGUCUUGACCAAAAAAUCAUGACUAUCCAGAUCGAGCUUGAGAGCCUACGCAAGGAGACAGACAUUGCCAGUCGCGAGCGCCGUCAGAAGCUGGAAGAUGACCUUAAUAAAUACCAGGAAGAGGCCAAGGCGCUUACUGAGCGCUGGCAGAAGGAGCGCGAGGAGAUCGAUGGUAUCAAGAAGGCGCAGGGCGAGCUAGAUCGCGCACGAGUUGAUCUCGAGCGGGCGCAACGCGAGGGCAACUUUGCACGCGCGUCCGAGCUGCGGUUCGGAGUUAUUCCCUCCCUUGAGGAGAAGGUGCGAAACAGUGACGAAGAGGCAAAGGCCAAAACCAGCAGCGCAGAAGACGAGGCUAGCGCGCCGCUCCUCCACGAUUCGGUCACGGCCGACGACAUUGCGACUGUGGUAUCCCGCAUCACCGGCAUCCCCGUGUCCAAGCUGACAUCGGGCCACAUUGAGAAGCUCGUGCACAUGGAGGACAUGCUGCGAGAGUCGGUGCGUGGCCAGGACGAGGCGCUCAAGGCCGUGGCCGAUGCCGUGCGGAUGCAGCGCGCCGGCCUGUCAGGGGACAACCGGCCGCUUGCCUCAUUCUUCUUCCUAGGGCCGACAGGCGUCGGCAAGACGGAGCUGUGCAAGAAGCUGGCCGCUUUUCUCUUCUCGACCGAGUCUGCGGUGGUGCGCUUCGACAUGAGCGAGUUCCAGGAGAAGCACACAAUCUCGCGCCUGAUUGGUGCUCCGUCAGGCUACGUCGGCUACGACGAUGCCGGCCAGCUGACGGAGGCCGUGCGGCGCAAGCCGUACGCGGUGCUGCUAUUUGACGAGUUCGAGAAGGCCCACCGUGACAUCUCGGCCCUGCUGCUGCAGGUACUGGACGAAGGCUAUCUGACGGAUGCACAGGGGGACCGGGUGGAUUUCCGCAACACCAUCAUUGUGCUGACCUCAAAUCUGGGCGCAGACAUCCUUGUCGGUGCUGACCCUCUGCAUCCAUAUCGAGAGACGGACGAUGGCGACGUUGAUCCGAGUGUGCGCAAGGCAGUGCUGGACGUCGUGGCUGCCAGCUAUCCGCCCGAGUUUCUGAACCGUAUUGAUUCAUUCAUCGUGUUCAAGCGCCUCGCAAAGUCGGCCCUGCGCGACAUUGUCGACAUACGGUUGAAGGAGCUACAGGAGCGCCUGACAGACAGGCGCAUUGUGCUGGACGUGCCAGACAGCGUUCGCGGCUGGCUGGCAGAGCGCGGCUAUGACCCCAAGUUUGGUGCGCGCCCGCUUAACAGGUUGAUCACGACUGAGAUCGGAAACGGGCUGGCCGACAAGAUCAUCCGCGGUCACGUGCGCAUGGGCGACAUUGCCCACGUCCAGAUCAAAGAAGAUGGCUCUGGGCUGGACGUGCAUGCUGAGUCGCCGGCACCUGUAUCAGAUAAGACAAGUGCGUGA